AUCUACUUUUGUCAAAUAUACAACAAUACGUCUAAAUAAAUGAGUGACUUAUGAGUAAAUGUUCACAUUUCAGUCAACGUUUGAUAUCCUUCCUUCGCUCUCAGCGGAUAAACAUUGCUUUAUCGCCAUCUGGUGAAACUGUUUAGUCUCAGUUUGUUUUAUAUUGUAUGCUAUACCUCUUUUUAAAUUUAUUUCAAUAAUCAAGCAGGGAAAGCAGGGACCCUCAUACUCAUACUCACACAGAGUCAGAUUACACAAAUCACCUGCAUGUAGUUCACACCUUCAAGGUUGCCAGAUUUUUAGCAAUCAGAUCAUAACAAAAGGGUUGCCGUUUAUCUUUUGUGAUACAACCGAACAUAAAGGCAAAGACUAAAAAGAAGAGAAGCUGGCAAACAUUGAAAUAAACAUAUACACAGAUGUGAUUAGGAACAACUUGCAGAUUCAACUAAUUAUCCAAUCAACCAAUCUGUGGCAUGGUUGUUGCUGGAUUUGAGUUUUUCAGAAACUCUCUCAGCUCUCUCAGGAUACAGUGAUACUACAGUGAUACUGUAGAUACUUUCACCCUUUGUUCUUGAUUUUACCUUCCUUAUCUUACAAAGAUAAAAGUUGAGAAAGCAGUCAUACGAGUUGAUCUGCUAGAGUGAAAAAGAGAAAGAGAAAGUGUGAAUGUAAGAGCAAGACCAUCAACCCACACCGCUGUGGCACUGCCAAUAAGGCAAAGAAAGAAAAGUUAAAAAAAAUAGGAGCAAGAGAGAAGAAAAUCCCAACCAGGAAAAGGAAGAAGGAACAGAAUGGCUUAUUCAGUUUACUUUACACAUGACUCCAAGACCCAUCUGUUUCAAACGUCGUUGUUGUGUUCGACCUGUCUGGAGAUCUUCACCGAUCCAGUCACGACUCCAUGCGGACACAACUUCUGCAAGAGCUGCCUUAUACAAUACUGGGAGAAAUACCAACUCUGCUGUCCAUCAUGCAAAGAGAAAUUCAGCAAAAGACCCGAAAUCAAGAUCAACACAUCUCUAUGCGAGAUUGUCGAGCACUUAAAGAAGAAAAAUCCUCUUAAUGAAAAUGAUCUUCUUUGUGAUAUUUGCACUGGAAAUAAGCAGAAGGCUUUAAAAUCCUGCCUGGAUUGUGGUAUGACUUUUUGUACAUCUCAUUUAGAGCCUCAUAGUCAUGUUACAAAACUUCAAAAACACAAACUAAUAAACCCUUUGAAGAACUUGGAAGACUACAUUUGCCAAAAGCAUCAGAGACCUCUGGAGAUGUUCUGUAGAGACGAUCAGACGUUCGUUUGCGAGUUCUGCGUUGAAGGAGGUCACAGGAAUCACACAAUCAGUCAUAUAGAGGACGAGAGCGGACAGAGGAAGAAUCAGCUGGAAAAGACAAAGAAAGAAGUGCAAAAGUUGAUCCGGGACCGACUGGAGAAGAUUCAAGAAAUCAAGAACAGAGUAGAGCUUUGCAGAACGAACAUGGUGAGCAAGAACGCCGGCAGCAUUGAGAACUUUUCUGCCCUGGUGGAUUGUAUCCAGAAGAGUCAAUCUGAGCUGCUUGAGCUAACAGAGAAGAAGCAAAAACUAGUGGAAAAUCACGCUGAAGAACUCAUUAAAGAUCUGGAGCAGGAAAUCACUGUGCUAAAGAGGAGAGAUACUGAACUGGAGCAGCUCUUAAACAAUGAGGAUCAUCUACAUCUCCUAAAGAUUUACUCAUCUGUGUACAGACCUCCAUUAACCAACGACUGGCCUGACAUCAGUCUAAACACCGGUCUGAGUGUGAAUAGUCUGUGGGAGGCUCUGACUAAGCUCUGCGAUACUCUGUCUAAGUCACUUGGAGACAUAGAUUUGAGGCGGAUUCAGCUGUAUGCAGUGGCUAUAACUCUGGAUCCUGUUACAGCUCAUCCCAAUCUCAUCCUGUCCUGUGAUCGAAAGCAAGUGAGAUACCGAGACACACAACAAAAUCUCCCCGACAAUCCGAAAAGGUUCACAUAUUUAUUCAUAGUCCUGGGAGAGCAGGGUUUCUCUUCAGGGAGAUUUUACUUUGAGGUGCAGGUCAGUGGGAAGACGAUGUGGACUUUAGGAGUGGUCAGAGAGUCUGCUAACAGGAAGGCGAACCUUAUGAUGGUACCUGAAAAUGGGUUUUGGACCAUGGCUUUGAAGAAUGGGAACGAGUGCUGCAUUUUUCAAGCUUCAGAGAUCGUGAUCUCUCUGGGACAGACACCCCAGAAGGUGGGAGUGUUUGUGGAUUAUGAGGAGGGUCUGGUUUCAUUUUAUGAUGUAGAGGCCAGGUGUCAUAUACACUCUUUCACUGAUGAGUUGUUUACUGACAAACUCUAUCCUUUCGUCAAUCCUGGCUUAGAAGACAAUGGAAACAACUUAGCACCAUUGAUUAUCUCUAAUAUAUUAUAACAGAUUUUUCUCUUCAUGAAAUGAAAAUGAACACGUCAUUCCUGUGAUUUAGACAACAGUGUUUUUCCAUUCUCGAUACUUUUUAGUUGUUAGGUGUUGAUUCAUUUUCUAUAACAGCAGAUCUACCGGUAGUUCUGGCUGAGAAAAUUGUUUUAUAUGCAAACAUCUAUGAAAUGGUCAGAGGUAAAACUGUUUGUUUAUGUUUUCUGACAUGGGAAAGUCUUCAGGACAGAAAACCUUGCAUUUUCUUAUAUCUGUAAUGUGACAAGCUACAAUUUUUGGCUUAUUAACUGGUGACCGAUAACAAGAGCUAACUAGUUUCACAUUGUUAUAAGAGGAAUAAAAUGCUUCAAGAUGUAAUGAUAUUGGAAAACACUAAACCUUGACGUGGUGAUAAUAAAUCAGGUGACAUCACACCAACCCACUGUUGAAUAUUUUCCUAUAAGAUCAUUUCUUCAUGCGUCUUAUUCCUCACAUAAUCAUAAAAUCAUAAUCUACUUUCAGUCAAAAACAAAUUUUAAUUAAAAAUGGCUUUCAUUAAUAAUUAGUUUUCCAAUACACAGAAAUCAGUAUGUAUUAUAACAUUAUUCUACAUUAUCACUGUAUAUUAAAUAUGAUCCAUAAAUAUAAUCGGGUGCUUGUUUGGAUCUUGGAUCUUUGGAUCAUUCCUUGUAUGAGUUUUAUGAUUUACUGUAUGUGAUUGUAUCAUGUCCUUCAGGUUUCUUUCACUCAGAUAUCAGUAAAGAUGUCCUUAAUUGGAGAGAUUUAUAUUCAGUUUCUUUACAUGCAUGGGUGUUUCUCACUUUUAUUUUUCUUUUUAUACAUAACAUAGCUAGAUCUUAGUUUAGUUUAGAUUUUAGUUCCAGAAUUUAAUGAUACAAUACCACAAUAAUAGAAUAUUAUUGCUUUAAUAAAACAA